AGAGAAGCUUGGAAAUGCCAAACAAAACUUGUAAUUAGAUUUGGACUGAUUGCCGAAGCUUGGAAAAUGCAAACAAAUUAAACAAAAUGUAUUAAACUAUUGAGAAAUAACUUGAAAAAAAAACUUCAUAAAAUGGAGGAUGAUAUUCAUUUAUGUAUUUAUUACUAAAAUAGUCAAAGAUACAUUGGGAUAUUGAUAGAGAAAUUGAACAGAAAUUGGAUUAAAGCUGAUAAUACAAUAUAAUUCGGAUUAACACAAAUAUCUACAAUGGCGUACAAUUGGUCUGAGAUCAUGAUCAGUGGUUUGGAUAGAAGGACCUCAUGUGUCAUUUUCGUCUAUUACAUCUUAAUCUCUGUCCUGAUCAUCCUCAGUAACGUCAUGGUCGUGAUUGCAUUCAUUAAGACUCCCAAGUUACGAACACUGACAAACACUUUCAUCCUGAACCUUGCCGCGUCUGACAUUCUAGUUGGCGUUCAUCUGAUCUGCUGCGCAUAUUUAGAAUACUGGGUUAGUUAUAGCUAUCAUAGUGACCACUGGGAUUGUUUAUUCUGUGGCUUUACCGUUACUUUAUCAUUUGGCGUGUCACUAUUCACAUUAAUGGCGAUAUCAGCGGAGAGAUUUAUCAAGAUCAUCUACCCGAUGCAUUACUUCAUGUAUGUCACGAAAAACAGGAUCAUUGUCACCAUGGUUUCCAUCUGGGUAUUUUUUCUUGCGGUUGGUUCAGCUAUACUAUAUUGGAACAGAUGGUACCAUGGGAUACGAUGCAUGAUUCUUGAUAUCCAGCCUCGUGCAGGAUUCUACGGUAUGAUACUACCUUUAGUUGUUUCACCUAUAGGAAUCAUAUUAAUCCUAUACGCCAAGAUAUUUCAUGUAGCUCGCAAACAAAGGAAGGCUAUAGAAAAGCAAUCAUAUUUGAACCAAGGAGAACUUGAGAAUGUCAAAAAAGAAGGGAGUAAAACAUUCAUGAUGUUUCUCCUGAUUGGUUGGAUUACUGUUGCCUGGACACCAUUCAUGUUGACAGCACUUGCACGGAUCAUAACGGAAGACGUCACAGGGGACUUGAUGGUAUUUCAAAAGAUCGGCUGGAUCUUCACUAUGGAGCACAUAUUCCAUGGACUGGUUUACACUAACAGUUUUGUGAACCCUGUUAUAUAUGGCUGGAAAAGCCUGGAGUGGAGGAACGCAUUCAAAAGUGUACUGUGUAUGUCUAGUCAGAAUAAAGUAGAUCCAUGGUCACAAUCUGAUUCAAAGUAAACACACAGAAUAAACGCCUGGUAUGUCAGAACCACAAUUGACCUAAUAAUAAUUCUAUUGUAUUACAUGUAUAUAGUAAUU